AUGAGCUACAUGCCGUUCGGAACUGGAAUGCCUCGCGGUGGAUUCGGAAUGAUGCGAGGCGGUAGAGGUGGACGUGGUGGUCGUAGAUACAUUCCUAAGCCUAGUAAUAAUCCCAUGGACAUUCCGUUCGUUCCAAUUCCUGAAGAUGCACCAGCCAUAACACUGACUAUCGACCCGGACAAUUUCAUCUGUUUCCACGGGUUUUCCAGCGUUUUUACAACCCAGCACACAUUCCCCGUGUUGAUCGAUGGCAAGAUUUACGAAAGUGGCGACCAUUACUACCAAAUUCAAAAAGUUCAUGAUUUGUGUGGGACUGUCAGUGAAAAGUUGACUGAAACAGUCAGAGAUGAGAACGGACGUCGUCUUGAUGGAAAAGUUGGAUUCAGUGAGCACAGAGAUAAGAGUUUCAGCCAGAUCGCCAAAGAAGUGAUUCGACUUAAUAACGUAGACAGGAAGAAAGUCGAUGAGUGGCGAUACACAAAAGGUCUAGAUGCCAUGCAGAAGGCUUUGAUGGCGAAGGUGUCCCAAUCGGUGGUUCUACGCCAGGCGCUCUCGGAAAGCGGUAAGAAGAUUUUGGUGCAUGCUUUCCCUGGAGACAGCAUUUAUGGUUCCGGGUGCCGUCAAGCUCAGGUGAAAAAGUGGUGUGAGAGUAUGAAGGCAAAUGGAGCCACAACUAUCCGAAUACCAGCUACAUUCCCUCUAACUUCUGAAACUGUUUUACAUUGUCCGAACUUUGCUCAAGGACGCAACGUGCUAGGAGUCAUUCUUAUGCAACUCAGGGAAAUGUUGCGCGAGAAUAAAGUGCCUAUCGUAGAUCUGGGCACCGUCUUUGACUCUCUUCGCAUCGGAACAAACAACGUCUGCGAUGCGAGCAUGGAUGAUCAGGAUUGUGGCGACGGCUUCGCAAUCGGUGGUGGAAGUAUUCAGGCAAAGAUUGGAGGCGGUACCAAAGCAUGA